GUUUGUUUCUUUGGAGUCCACUAAGCUAAAAAACAGACCAUGAAAUACAAUGAGAUUUCCCAUUUCAGCCACCCCCAACACACACUAAAAUUUGAGUACACUGAAGUUCCGUUCAAGUGUGAUGGGUGCAAAGAAUUUGGCAUUGGCUCCCGCUACCGAUGUUCCUUCUGCGACUUCGAUCUCCACAUGCACUGUGGCAUACCUUCUCUCUCGAUCUCUCAUCCUUUCUACAAAAAAUGUUCCUUUCAGUUCCUCUCGAGGCCACCUGGUGACACCCCACGUUACUGCAACGCUUGCGAAAAGGAUGUCACCGGUUUCGUUUACCAUUGCAAAUCAUGUGGAUUUGAUCUUCAUCCAUGUUGUGCGAAGCUGCCGAUGGUGUUAGACGAUGGAGAAGUGAAACUCUACCUCUACAGGAAGGUAAGCGCACCAUGCCAUCGAUGUUGGCGUAAAGGGAGGAGCUGGAGUUACCGGUCUGCUUGCAAAAAAUAUAACUUGCAUGUGGCAUGCGUUAGGGAAAUGCUAGUGGAGAAUUGGCAUGAAUUGUACUACGGGCGUGGUAAGGGUACUAGGAAGCUGGAGACUAGAAUCCCAAGCUUGAAAAAUACCCUUCAAACCCCUCACAAGAAGAGUAAAGGUAAGGUGCAGAAGUGCUGUGAGAUGGCUGGUUUAGCUCUGCAAUUUGUCAUAUCAGCUGUGCUUGGGGAUCCGACCACUCUCAUUGCUGGGGUCAUUGGAACAUUAAUGUCAAGAGGUUGAGUUCGAUCGUUGGGGCUUGAAACCUUGUCUGCUUGAUGCAAUUUAAUGUCGGGUGCCUAUAUAAAAAUGAAAAGCCCAAAACAAAGGCCAGAAUGUUUAGCUUUUAGGUACUGUGAAUAAAUUCCAUAAGUGUUAACCCACUGCCCUGAAAAUGUCAUUUCUUUUGAUUCUGUUGACUUAUAUUCUAAUUAAGAUCUAACUAAAGUCAUCUUU